AUGCGAUCUGGUGCCGUAGCCGGCUUCUCCUUACAGCGGACGGAGGGGGCCGGCUGCUUCAAGCGAGCCAUGAAGGAGUUGCUGCCUUAUGACGCACGCUGCACAGUUCGCUUUGUCUUCUCAGACUCGCCAGAUGCUGUGGAAGGAGCUGACUCAGUUCUGCCGCACCUUGAAGCUGUGGGAGAGGAUGCGCUGCACUUUGUCCUGCGGGUUGAAGCAUGCUCGGGCGAGAAGCGCACGGCUUUAUCUAGACGGCUGCUUAGCAUACAGGGCAAGUUCCGGGCACCGGCCACAGGCCGAGUUUACCAUGGCAGGGAAGACGGGGUGCCGCACGGAGUCUGGCCAGAGCACGAGGAGAAGGUCGUUGAGGAGGUAGACUGGGGCACCUAUAUGAAGAAGCCGUUUGAGAGCCACCAGGAGUACGUGGAUGGAGAUGACAGGAAAGACGCCAAGGGCAGGAGCAUCCGAGAGAUCCUGAAGGCAGGGGUGUCAUACCGGCACUACCGCUACUUGAUGAAUGGCAGCUACAUCAUGGAUGCGGUAGUGCGAGUUGUCGGGCCCGAAGCCGCGAGGUUGAUGAGCUGGGGCACGUGUGGGAACGAAGCGCUGCACGCGCAACUCAAGGCUUCGCAGCAGACGAUCGUGCAGCAGCACCUGGAGGCCUUUCCACUACAGCUGCAGGCGUUUGGCUUGGCAAAGCUCAUGGCCCACCAUUGUGCCGCGUUUUGCCCGAGCAUCGCACAGCGCAGCGAGGCCGAGAUCCUUUGCGUGCUGCAGGGGGAGCUCUGCCGAGUUCAGGCGCACGGCCACGCAGUGCAGGAGUUGAAGAGCGUGGCUUCCCGGGCAGAGCUGCGGAAGCCCCUGCACCAUGUGACCGCUGAGCUCAUGGCGGCGCGCAAGCUUCGGUCCGCCGAGCAAGCGCGCCGCUGGCAGGUAGAGGCGGCGAGGAGGGAAGAGAAGAAGCGCCUCCGCGAUCUAUUCGGCGAUUGA